GAUAAGCUGCGUAUUUAACACGUUUUAUACGAGUAUAAAUAGUUAAACAAAUUGCCAAUUCAACAUCAGUUCAGUUUCAGUCUUUUUUUGGUAAAUUCACCAACAUGAAAUUCACUCUGGUUGCAACGGUCGUGGCGAGCUGCUUUGCAGUAUCAUUUGGACAUCCAUGGGGACCUUAUGGCCAUGAUCAGGAUAUUGGUUAUGGACCAGCAAAUCCUCUCAAGGGCAUUUUGUGCAGAAUUCUUGCUCCACUUUUUGAGGAAUUGACUAAAGUGGAUGAUACUACUGGCGACAUCUGCAAUGCCCUGAUCUCUUUUGACCGAGAAUGCCCAAAUCAUAACUUUGCCGCCCAAAAGAAUUGCGAGGUGGUUAAUAAUGAUAACGACAAUGAAGGACAAGGAGACGACGAAGGUAGGGAACCCGUUGGUGAUGUUGAUAACGACCCUUUUGAGCUUCCUCAAGAUGGAGACGAUCAAGAUCAAGAUCAAGAUAAUGAUGAUAAUGAAACUCAUAAUCCAUUUGAAGAACCCAACACUGAUGGUGACCAAGAUGGAAACCCAAACACUGAUGGUCAAGAUGGUCAAGAUCCCAAUACUGAUGGAGAUGACACCCAAAACCCUGAUACCGAUGUAACCAACCCCGAUGAAACUCAAGGUGGUGAUGAAACCAACCCGGAUACCAGAGCUAAGGUCCAUGCUAAGUCCAAGGCUGCUUCCAAGUCUAAAGCCAAUCAUAAAUCCAAGGCUUCCCAUAAAUCCAAGGGAGCUAAGUCCAAGUCGAAGUCCCACAAGGCUCAUUCUAAGAGCAAGGCUCAUAACAAGAAUAAGGCACAUUCGAAGAGCAAGUCUGCUCACUCCAAGAGCAAAGCAGCUUCUAAGAGCAAGCAUUAAGCUGUUAAAAGUAUAAAUAAUGUACAAUAAAUAAAUGGACUUAUAGAAAA